UUUGAAACGUCAAGUUAUGUCAUGAGGUGGUAAGUAAAGUGGUAAACUUAAAAUUAAAGUUACGAAAAUAUUUAACACCAAUUAAGUGUACUUACACUACAUUAUUAUUAACUAUACACAAUUAUACAUUUAAAUCACACGAGUAAUUUUGACACAAUGAAACAUCGAUUAUAAGCAGUUUGUUGAGGUAACGUGUAGCGAGGCAGGUCCUAUGGUAAUUAGUCUGCGUACGAAUAACGAAAGCCUCUCUAUGUCGUUUCUCUGUCUACGAUCAACUACUAUUUAUUAGAUAAACAUCUGUGGGUUUAAAACUUCAAACUUCAAAGGAAUUUUAUUUUCUGCUGUGGUUAAUGUCUGCUUUAGUAGUCAAAAUUAUGUUUUCAAUUGUAGCUAUUGUUAUAGUAGUUUUAAUGAAUUAUAAAUAAAAGACAUAUACGAUGCUACCUUCGACUGGCUAUUUUAAAGGAAUCAAUUGCCCCUUCUACGACAGUGGUUUUUGCGAGCGGCCCUAUUGUCAUUUUCGUCACGUUAAGAAAGAACCACAAAAUAACGAUGGAAUUGAAAGUGGAGCAAUCCUACAGAAACUGGUAUCGGCAGCGGUACAAAAGGUUCUCCAGCAAACGGAGACAGGUGCUUCGACAUCGCAGAAUACUGUUACAAAUUUAGAACUGAACGCUGGCCAGCCCGUUUCGUCUAAAGUGACCUACAACCCGACCCCGAUUGCCGAACUAAACAAAAUUAACCACAUCGAAUCUGAAAACAUUGAUGAUAAUAAUGAACAAAAACGGAGACACAUACCAGUACCGUACACGCCCAGAAAACCAGCUAGCAUACCCAUCAAAAGACCUGUAGACACAAAUGGUACUCAGGUAUUCACAUAUUUGCCACCAGCACAGUAUAAUCCAGGUUCAGAAAAGGCCCAGCUUGAUCCAUACACUCCUAAAGGUUCGACAGAAUCGGGGGAAAAAUAUUUACCAGGUACUGAAAAGACAAUACCAGAAUAUAAACCUAAAGAGUCCCAGAACUCGACAGUUAAUUAUGUACCCUCAGAUAAAACUGUGAGCAAGAAAAAAAUAUUAGAAUAUAAACCAGCUAAAGUUAAAAGUGUUCAAUCUUCAGUUACAUAUCAGCCAACACCGAGGUCUUUAGUUCCAUGCUUCUCUAGUGAUGAGGAAGAGCCAGAUGUUAAAAAAAGGAAGCUCUCCGGUGACCUCAAUGGACUUGAUGAUCUAGGACCAGAGUUUGAUAUUUUAGAUCAAAUCUUGGAUGAAGAAAAAACAGAAAAACCUAUUUCUCAAAAGAAUGAAAAAAAGGAACCUGAGGAAAAAAGUCCAAAAACUAACACUACAACUAAUGAAUGUGUUAAGCCUGAAAAAAUUAAAUCUGACAAAGAGAAAUCAUCAAAGACAACUGACAAAAAAUCAAGAAGUAGAUCAGUAGAAAGAAAAGAAAAACGUCAUGACAAAGACAAAAACGAUAGGAAAUCAUCUGACAAGAAGAGUAAUCAAAAAAGUUCUAGCAAGGAUAAAAAUAGGCAUGAAAAGAAUAACAAAUCAGACAAAAAAUCACACUCUCAUUCAAAACAUUCUAAAAAUAAUUCAUCAAAACCCUCAAAACAUGAGAACAACAAUGAUAAACAAAGUAAUAGCAAAAGCCAUAAGUCGCAUAGCCGUUCUAAAGAAUCAAAAGACAAAAAAGAUAAACGUAAGGACAGACAUGAAAGCAGUGCACGAAAAAUUACAAAUGAUGAAGACAAUCAUAAUUAUGAUGACAAUUUUGAAGAGGAAUUAAAUGAAUUGUCAGAGUCGGACGAGGAAACCAUUGCACUGCAAUGUAAAAAAAUAUUUGAAGAAUAUGUUCCUACCAAGCUAUCACAUAAUAGUGAAGAGAGUAAAGACAAAAUAGAAAAUGAGCCUGAUGUUGAGGAAUACAUACCCACUAAAAAAAGAAUUUCUAGAACAGUUGAUAAGAAUAUUAAAAUAAUACCUAAAGCACCUAUAAAACCAGAUUUUAAAGUUAGUGCAGCACAAGCUAUGGCUGAACGUUUAGCUAAAGUAAGGGAAUUCCAUGCGUCCAAAAGUGCUAGUGAAAGUGAUAAUUCUAUAAGAUUAGUUCAAAAGCCAGAGGUUACAAAGGCUAUUUUCAAUUCUCCACCUCCUAGUUCAAGCGUUUCCAAAAUUCGUAUCGCUCAUGUACCUUAUGCAUCGACCAUGUUGACUGCAAAGAAAGUCAUAGCACCCAGUACAAUGUCUGCAAAUAAAAGUGAUCCUUCUUCUAGUUGCACAAUAACACAAACUGUAAAAAAGGGUACUCAGAGGGUAGCUCACAUACCAAGUGAAAAAUUUAUAGAUAGGCCAGGUGUUUUAGAACCACUUGGCUCAAAAAUACCAGCAAAUAUUAGGUCCACAUAUUUAAACAUGAUGAUUGACAAUUGUUUAAAGAUUUAUAUUUCUGCAACUGACGCUUAUGCCAGAGCACAACAAGAGGAGUUAGCGACUAGUAAAAAGUGCUCCACUGUGCAAAUAUACAAAAAUUCAGCAGUUCUUGCUAUCAGCAGGCUCAAAAAAGAGGUUCUCGAAUGUAAUGGUGUCAAGAAAUCUGGAUGUGAGAUUACACCCGGCAAACAAAUACCAGGCACAGUGAGUAAAUCAAACACUGGCUCUUGGAGUAUAGAAAGUAAAAUUAGAAGGAAUUUCGAAGACCCCCAACAAUUUACAGGUGCAAAGUUUUAUGAUAACAUCAAAAAAUGGAUACUAACAGAAGAACAACUGAUACAAAAUGGUUUUCCCAGACCACAUAGUAGUGGUGUGAAAGGGAGAGCUAUUAUUCACGGACAAAACAAACAAACUCCUCCCAAAGGAUACGUGAGAACGUGUUGUCGAUGUAAAAAGACUUAUACUGUGGAUAAAAAAGGUUUACCAACAUUCAAAGAAGAGUGUAUUUAUCAUCCGAAUAAUAAAUACAGAAUUAGAGGUGAAGUACGGUACCAAUGCUGCAGUCAAGACGGCACAUCUGAUGGGUGUUGCAUAGCUUCAAGUCAUGUGUAUGAAUAUGUGGACUUUGAAAACUUAAAAGGAUAUGUGAAAACAUUACCUCCAGAGCACGACAUGGACGAUUAUGGUGUAUAUUCAUUGGAUUGUGAAAUGUGCUACACGACACAGGGCUUAGAUUUAACUAGAGUUACCGUAAUUAAUUCUGCAUGUAAGGUUGUGUAUGAAACUCUCGUUAAACCUUUGCAUCCAAUAAUUGAUUACAAUACUAGAUAUUCUGGCAUCACAGAAGAACAAAUGUCAGAAGUAAGAACAACAUUACUCAACGUGCAAGCAACACUGCUUACCAUGUUUAAUAGUAAAACUAUAUUAAUAGGUCAUAGUUUAGAAUCUGAUUUUAAAGCACUGAAACUCAUUCAUGAUACAGUAAUAGAUACAAGUGUUUUGUAUCCCCAUAAAAUGGGACCUCCAUACAAAAGGGCCUUGAGAAAUCUAUCAUCGGAGUACUUGAAAAAGAUUAUACAAAACUCUGUUGACGGACAUGACAGUGCUGAAGAUGCUACUGUGUGUAUGGAACUUUUAAUUUAUAAAGUGAAAGAGGAUCUUAAGACUAGAUGAUGGUUGCCUACUUAUAUGUGAUUUUGGUCACAUACUUCAAACUAAUGUGUGUUUGUUGGGAAAUCACAAUUUAUAUCAAAAUAGGUCUUUUCAGAACCUCUAUAUAUAAAUUGUCUAUUAAUGGCUUUUUACCUGUGUAUUAGAUUGUAGUUGAUAGUAAGAUUGAUUGUUGUUAAGACUAACAAACUUUAAUAGAUAAAAAAAUCAUAAUAAUGUUGUGUCUUAUAAAAAAAUUA